UACCCUCCCUGGUGCAAUUUAAUACACCUCUCUCUCUCUCUCUCUCUCUCUCUCUCCUCAAAGCUAAUCUUCAUUCAUACCCGGCCUCUCGGGUGAAAUUUAAUACACCCCUCUCUCUCUCUCUCUCUCUCUCUCUAACUAACACACACACGCAUACACAAAUGUAUUCUCAAAUUCAAUUGCCUAAAUGGACACUAAGCACAAACCCAUUCCCAAUCCAAAACCCAUGCACGACAAGAACACGCCUAGCCAACCCCAGAAGGACUGGGAAUAAUCAUGUUCAUAAUCCAAAAACAGAAAGCUUGGCUUCAGAUGAAAAUAGCUUACCCCAUCACAACGCUAAAUCAAACUUCCCCUUCAGCACCGGGCCCGUACCACCUCGUCGCAGCGGCAGGGGUGCGGCGGUAGAGCGGAAGGGGAGCAAGAUAUCCUUGACAGCGCCGGACAAGGUUAAUGGCGGCGUUCAACCCGGAGAUGUAGUGUUCGCUACCAUGAGACCCUCAGUUGGUUCUGGAAAAUCAACGCUUCUCGAUGCUUUAGCAGGGAGAGUUGGUCGAAGCGCGAGACAGUCCGAAGAUGUGUAUACGAAUGGCCAUCAACAAACUCGAGCUUCUGGAACUUUGGUCAAGGAGAGGCCGGAACAAACAGGGGAAGAAAUUGGAAAAACUGGAAAAGGUGAUACGGAAAGUCCAAUCCUGAAGAAACCCAAACUACUCUGCCUCCAUGGCUACAGAACCAGUUCCGAAAUCCUCCAGAAACAGCUCCAAAAGUGGCCGGAGUCGCUGCUCGGGAGAUUAGACCUCGACUUCAUCGACGCGCCUUUUCCGGCGCUAGGUAAAUCCGACGUUGAGGACCUCUUCGAUCCCCCUUACUAUGAGUGGUUUCAGUAUAACGAGGAAUAUACGGAGUACUAUAAUUUUGAAGAAACCAUUGCUUACAUUGAAGAUUAUAUGAUCAAGCAUGGACCUUUCGACGGUAUCCUGGGUUUUUCGCAGGGAGGUAUUAUAGCUGCAUCGAUGCCGGGGAUGCAAUCAAAUGGUGUGGCACUUACAACGGUUCCAAAGAUUAAGUAUCUGAUUAUCAUUUCGGGGGGAAAGUUUGGUGGAUCCACGCCUUCGUCGAAUGGGUACCUCGGACACAUCGGGUCUCCCAUACUGUGUGCUGAUUCAUUUUCGUCUCCCGUCAAGUGCCCUUCCCUCCACAUUAUAGGUGAAAAAGAUACCUUCAUGGGACUACCAGGGACUGAGCUAGUGGAGUCGUUUGUGGAUCCGGUUGUGAUCAAACAUCGCCAUGGGCACACCGUGAUAAGACCAAAUCCGACCGACCGGGAGACAAUACUCAACUUCAUUGAAAAGAUUGAGAAGAUGUAACUGCAGCAAACUGUUGGCUUAUUCUGUCAUGAAGAGCGGAAAUUAUUUACGAAGGGUUACCGACUUCAAGAUGUAUUCGAAUGUCUCAUUUCGAUCUUGAUUGUACAGUAUCUAUUUUGUACAAAAAUACAGCGACCCGAAAGCUAAUAAGCAUUUAUUCCACUAGAAAUUCUAUGUUCUGAAGAAGAUAUGUGUAAUUGACUAAUUGUCUGUGGUCAGAUAGCACAGUUUUCACUCAGUUACACUGUAAAGAGCUGGUACAAGCCUACAAGGAACGAAACAGAACAAAGAGAAAGAUUUGAAGAAACAA